AUGCCCACAGAAACGACCCCCUUGCGUGGCGAGCAGUACGCCUCGGAUGCCCAGAAGCGCAAGCGUAUCGUCGGCAUCACUGGCGCUGUCGUGGUUAUCGCGGCCGUCAUCGUCGUGCUGUGGCUCACUCUCAGUGGCCACAGCUCCAAGUCCACCGAGGUGACGGAGCAGACUACUCCCGAGCCCACCCCAGCUCUUCGAACGAAGGCACCCGUCAUCACAGCGCUCCCGACCGUAGCCCCUACUGAAGCUCCUCGUCAGCCCGCAACUGAGCCCCCCACUGAGCCUGCCACGGAAGCACCGGCUCAACCAGCCCCGGAACCUCCAGCCCAGCCUCCCUCUGAGUCCCCCGCCGAGCAACCGGCCGCUGCCCCCGCUGAUCAGCAGCCUGCCGCCGAACCUGCCGCGGCUGUACAACCUGUCCCUGCCGCUGAACCCGUCCCUGCAGAGCCUGUGCCUGCCGCCCAACCUGUUCCGGCCGCUGAGCCCCAGCCUGCUGCCGACGUGUCUCCGGCUCAGCCCGUGAACGUUGCUCCGGCUCAACCCGUGAACGCUGCUCCGGUGCAGCCCGUGAAUACUCCUCCAGCUCAGCCGGUGCAGGAUGACCAGGCCAACCUGCCCACAGUAGCCGGUCGUGUGGGCUUGCCGUAA